AUGGCAUCAUCUGGAGUACAAAAGCCAUUCCCUCAGCCAGCAGAGGGAUCUACUCAGUCAUUUUGGCGCACCGAGCUUGAUCCUCUGGAUGAUCAUCAGACCACGCCAUUUCCCACAGAAACUGAUAUACUAAUCAUAGGCGGUGGGUAUGUUGGUGCAUCAGCCGCUUAUUGCAUCCUUGCAGAGAACAAGCAGGAUGUGCCUCCCAGGGUGGCUCUUGUUGAGGCCCGAGGCCUUUGUUCUGGUGCCACCGGGCGCAACGGUGGACAUCUGAGGCCCGAUAUUUACUCCGCCACUGCGCUGUUCACUGAGCGCUAUGGACUUGAGGCCGCUGCGGAGGUGGUGAGAUUCGAAAUAUCCCACCUCAAAUUGGUGGAGGAAUUGGUCCGCAAGGAAAACAUCGACUGCGAGCUCACAUUUACACGCUCCUACGAUAUGUAUUAUGACGAAGAUCAGCUGAAGAAAGCGAAAAAGUUCUACGACUUUCUGGUCAAUGAGGGACUCGACUUUAUGAACGAUGUGAAAUACAUGAGCCAAUCCAAGACCCAAGAGGAAGCCCACGUCCGGGAUGCAAAGGGAGGCUUCAGCUUCUCUACUGGGCAUCUCUGGCCUUACAAGCUCAUCACGCAGCUUGUGCGGAUUGCCAUAUCCCAUGGCCUCAAUUUGCAAACACACACCUUGGUAUCUGAAGUCGCAGAGACCCAAACUGUAGAUGGAUUCUGGCCAGUGACAACGAGCCGCGGAAUCAUUCAUGCUCGUAAGAUCAUUUUCGCUACCAACGCAUUCACCAGCGCCUUGGCGCCGCAGUAUGCCAAAGCUAUCGUCCCUUGCAAAGGAAUCUGUACUCAAAUAGCUGCUGCUCCUGGUGCACCACAUCGGAACCUUCCCGGGACUUAUGCCAUUCGCCUUGGUCCUGGGGCAUACAUUUAUCAGAUCACACGCAAGGACGGCUCGCUCAUCGUCGGUGGAGCGUCGCAUACUUUCAAGAAUGACGUGGAUCAAUGGCACAACAACCCAGACGAUGGCAAGUUGAUUGAUGUUGGGGUUGAUUUCCUCAAGGGAUACAUGCAGCGUACAUUCCUGGGCUGGGAGGACAGUGGCGCUGAAGCGAAACAUAUUUGGAGCGGCGUGAUGGGAUAUAGUGCUGACUCGUUGCCCCAUGUUGGAAGUGUUCCUGGAAAGCCGGGACAAUUCAUUGCAGCUGGAUUCAAUGGACAUGGUAUGCCUGUUGCCUUCCUCUCUGGUAAAGCGGUUGCCGAUAUGGCGCAGAAGUCGAUCUCGUUUGAAGAUACAGGGUUGCCCAGGUUGUUCAAGACAUCGGAGGCUCGCCUGGAGCCGGUUUACGAUGAUACCAGAUGA